UCUCAGACCCGCUAGCCAUAGCCAUAGGUUUCCUCCCGUCCGCCUCGCUCGACGGCGCGCCGCCGCCGAUUUCUCGCUCCGGCAUGUCUGCCUCAGUUGAUCGCUCUCCCCCAUGGGAGGAAGGCCGCCCCUCGGUCCGCAUCAGGUUUUCCUCUUCUGCCCCCAACGGGACGGUGGUCGAGAGGCUCACCGACGACCUCAUCGUUGAGAUCCUCUCGCGCGUCCCGGCCAAGUCGCUCUGCCGCUUCAAGUGCGUCUCCAACCACUGGCUGAGCCUCAUCCACCACCCGGAACACCGCAAAAAGCUGCCCCAAACCCUGGCUGGCUUCUUCUACACCGGCACCGACGUGGAGCGCCUCCCGAAAUCAGCACCCCACUUCGUCAAUGUCUCGGGGAGAAGCUGCCCUCCGAUAGACACCUCUUUCUCCUUUCUGCCCAACCACCGACGACUCGAUCUGCUGGACUGCUGCGACGGCCUCCUUCUCUGCCGCUGGCACUCCGUCGGGACUGACGAGUGCCGUUACAUCGUGUGCAAUCCCGCGAGGGAGGAAUGGGUCAUGCUGCCGGAACCCAGCCAGGCGGAGUCAAGGAAGGUGAGCAUUGUACGUCUGGGUUUCGACCCGGCCGUGUCUUCCCGCUUCUAUGUGUUUGUGUUGAUGGAUGAUGUCCGCCAUGUGUCGUACACCAUCGCAGCAGUGGAUGUGUAUUCAUCGGAAACUAGGAGAUGGGUUCGUAAGGAAAGGGGAUGGAAUGAGAGGAUUGGACAUCUUGGCGGCCAGUAUCAGUCUACUGUCUUCCUUAAGGGAUGCUUGCAUUUUGUCGCCUAUGGCUCCAGGCCGUCACCCAUUUGUGUAGCUGCUGUGGACACGGAGGGGAAAACAUCGACGACCUUCCGCGUCCCUAGUUAUGUGCCUAAUGGUAUUUUGCAGCAGUCACAGGGCUGUUUGCAUUAUUCCAGUUUUCAGAGUGAAGAUGGUCUUGUGCUUCGACUAGUUGUUAAUGUUCUCAAGGACUAUGAAACCAAAGAGUGGAUGUUGAAGCACACCAUUAAAACUAAAUACUUAUCUGGAGGGAUACAUUUUAAUGGUUACCGUGUGAUUGGAGUUCAUCCGGAGUGUGACUUGAUCUUCUAUACCGCGGGACGGGCUACGGAAGUCAUGUGCUACAAUAUGAGUAGUCGGGAAGUAAAAGUGAUCUCCAAACUUGAAGAUGGUGGUCCGCCGUAUCUGCCAUAUGUGCCACUAUAUGCAGAGUUACAACCAUUGCUUAUGUGAUAUCAAUAUGAGAUUGUUGGUUCCUUCAUGAGAAGUGGGUUAGUAGUCGAUUGUUCAUACCAUGGAGCAGUGGGCUUGGCAUGUCUGCUUGAGUUGGGUUCUCAUUUUCUUUUACUGAUGAUGUCCGCAUCCUUUAAGUCUGGAAGUUAUGGUGGUUCAGUAUUGUGGUAACUUGUCUGAUUUGAAUGAGAUUAGUUCAUGUGGUGUUUAAGGGAAAAAUGAUAAAGAAAUGCUAUGAUCAUGUUGUAAAAGACGUGAUAUGUGAUUAUCAUGGAGCUUACAAUUUGCAGUUGGGGUAAGUAUAUGCAUCUUACUGCAAAGACCUAGUAAAUGGCCGCUUUGCCA